UGCUGUUUCCAUGGCAAAACAUGAAGUUGAAAAAAAUGCAACUUUGAAUUUACAAUCAUAGUGUUUUUAUUUCUUUUUGGCUUCAUGGUGACGAUCAAGGAUCAGAAUGCAUGUUAGCGCCGUUACGCUUCACUUCCUGCUCCUCUUGCACCGUCUCCUUCCUGUUGACAUGGAGGAAGUGGAGGAUAAAGUCCCUCUGGAGGUCAUCACGGAGAGCUCUCCCUGCAGCGUGACCUGUGGACUGGGGGUCAAAACACAAACUCUGUGCUUGCUAAAGGACGGCAAGGCAGCGAUGGAAGAGAAAAAUGUCAGCAUGUCCAGCAUAUCAAAGACAUGCAGGAGCCAACAGGUGCAGUGUGUGGAGUCGUGGCAGUGUGGUCUGAAGACCAUGACUGUGACCUCUGGACAGCGAGUGGAGAUCGACUGUUUGGGAGAAGUCAUGGCGGCAAUGGGAGGGUUCUCCUGGAGGGUUUCGUGGCGUUACGCUCGAGGAGUAAUCAGCUCGGACGAUUCUCUGUUUGAUCGCUGGAAGGCCCCUGAUCUGCAUCGAGUGGUUCUGGACCCAGUCAGAGAGAAGGAUGCAGGAACGUAUCGCUGUGACGUUCAGGACACCAACUAUCGCAGAAGGAAGACAGCUUACUGGGGCGUCCGUGUUUUACCGGCGGGGGUCGUCAACCUGGACUACCAAAGCUCUCUGUCGCAGUGGGACGUGACUGGAAGUCGGGCCGACGGCAGCGGUGUGCUGCAGCUGGCCACCAGCAGAGUUCUCCUCUACGCUGUGGUGAUUUGUUUCGUCUUGACUGGCUUCUGGAUUGGACUGAUAUUCCUCUACAAGACAGUUCUCUGCGGACGACAGAAAAAUGACAGACAGACAGACUUGAUGCAGUUAGAAAAAUAUAUUGUGAAAUAAAAAAAUUUUCAAAGCGCA